ACCAAUACUUACGAUUGCUAUUCUACGUCCUCGAGCUUUUACCAUUUCCAGUUGCAUCACACGAUCUACUCGCUGGUGUUUUGAAAAAAAAAGAUAACAUCCAGUACGCUUUGAACAAUAUCUAUAUAAAUCCAAGCCGGACUAUAGGCGGCAGUACUAUUUCAAAAUCAACUUGAGAGAUAAACGGACUAUUUUUACUUAAGUAAUUGUUUCGUUGGUGCGAAGACAGUUUAGGCAGUUUGAAGAAGAUACUAAGUAGUGUUAUCAAAAAAGUGACUAUUUUUAGUGUUUUAUCGUAUUUUACCAUUAGCAAAUUUGAAAAACAUGGCCGUUAUUUCAUCAAAACAGAACGUAUGCAGAUGGAUUUUAAAACAUCAACACAAGCUAAAGCAGGCGGUAAGAGCCUGUUCCCUACAAGUCAAAGAAGCUCCCCAGUUAGACGAUCUUCCCAACGAACGGUACGAGGCAGAAUCCUCAGAAGUAACGUUUAAGUACGAGGAUCUCAGCACAAAACUAGCCGAUCCAGGACGACUUCGGAUGAAACCGGAUGUUAGCGAGUUAAAAUUUGGACAUUUCUUUACUGAUCACAUGAUGAAAAUACACUACCACGAAAAGCUGGGGGGCUGGCAGAAACCUAAAGUCAUACCAUUCGAAAAUCUCCAACUACACCCUGCAGCAAGAGUUUUGCAUUAUGCUAUGGAACUCUUCGAAGGGACCAAAGUAUACAGAGGAGUGGACGGUAAAUUGAGGUGGUUUAGACCAAACCUUAAUAUGGCGAGAAUGAAUAGAUCUGCUGCAACGCUUGGUCUUCCAACCUUCAACGGCGAUGAACUGACUAAGUGUAUAAGAAGGCUAGUACAAAUCGACCAAGAAUGGGUGCCACAUAAUGAGAAAGCCAGCUUGUAUAUUAGACCAACCUUAAUUGCUAUUGAUGGAACCUUAGGUGUAGCUAGAAGUGAGUCAUCCCUCCUGUACGUUAUCAUGUGUCCCGUAGGAUCUUACUGGUCUGAUGGGCAGGAUGACUCUGUAAGGCUAUACGCUGAUCCCAGGUUCACCAGAGCAUGGCCAGGUGGUUGUGGAAGCAGCAAACUAGGAUCAAAUUAUGCACCCACGAUUCGAAUACAAAGUGAUGCUCAGAAAAGGGGUUUGCAGCAGGUGUUGUGGUUGUAUGGACCGGAACACUAUCUUACAGAAGUCGGAACUAUGAAUAUAUUUAUUAUUUACAAAGAUACUAAUGGAGAAAAAGUAAUGGCAACUCCACCCUUAAACGAUCUCAUACUUCCCGGAGUUACCAGGGACUCCUGCCUUGCCUUGGGGCAACAGUGGAAAGAAUUUAGAGUGGAAGAGAGAAUGCUCACCAUGAGGGAGUUGAUUGCUCUUCAAAAACAAGGAAGGUUGUUGGAAAUGUUUGGUGCGGGAACAGCCUGCAUCAUUUCGCCCGUAGCGUCCAUCGAAUUCUUAGGUGAAACUAUCCCCAUCCCAACCAUGCAACAGGACGUCCCCAUCUACAGGAAACUCAGGGACUAUCUCUCAGCGAUCCAGUACGGUCACAUCGAGCACCCGUGGGCUAUGCCUAUCGACUAGCAUUGACCGAUGGACAAAUAUAUAUAAAAAUAUUUAUAUAUAGUAUUUUUCUCUUAUGACUGUGGUAUCUUUUGUAAAUAGUUUUUGUUGACUUAAUUUAUACUUUCUAUACAUUUGUAGGACAGUUGCUUGUAUACAAAAACCAAAGUAGAGCAAAUGUAGAGACAAAGUCUUCCAGAAUACUUGAAUCGUUAUACAAUAUUACGGUUGUACAUGCGGAAGAUCUGACAGAAUGCAACAGAAUUGUACAUUCUAGACUUAUUGGGAAAGAAGUAUGCAUAUACUGUGUAUUACUCGUCAAGACUAGGUAUGACUUUAGGAACUUUGCCUAUCUGUACAGAGAGCAGACAAAGAAAGUAUUCGGAAAGAAAGAGAUGGAUGGACUAUGGACGCCAGGACUAGAUUACCUGAUUUUUAAACGUAGUUUACAGGUCGAGCUUACUUCUUUUGUCCUUUUACAAGUUUGAGAGACCGCCAAGGCCAAACCAAUCGGAUUUCAAUAGUCCAGGAACCGAAGCUUUUCACCUCGCAAUUUUUACAGAAUGGAUCGAUUUGCUUGAAAAUUUGAGAGUAAGUAGUGGAUAGUCCAAGGAUCAAAAUAUAUAUGAUGCCGAAAUGCUCUUUUACCAUGGGGGUGGUUGCCACCCCAUCUCGGAGGUGGAAAUUUUGUAUUAUAUUUUGACCACAAAGUUGAUAAAAACAUUCAUUCUAAGCAAAAAAUGUUCUAUACAUUUUUUUUAUAAAAUUAAUAGUUUUCGAUUUAUUCGCUAUCGAAAGUGUUAGUUUUACAUAUAUCGAAAAAAUCAAUAUUUUUCGAUAUACUCGUUUACGAUUCACUCAAUUUUUGCAGUAGUAAAUUUUUUUUCAAACCAAGUUCUUGGUAAUUAAAUAACCUAAAAUUUCGUAUUUUAACAUUUUUUCGUAUCUCUGAUGCUAAUCUUUCUAUUCUGAAGAAAAUGUCAUUUUUUAUCAAAUUACAAAAAUUCGUAUUCGCUUUUAACUCCAGUUUUUAAAAUCUAAUCAUUCUAAGCCACUCAAACUUCUAGAAUCUAUUAUUAAUACAUAAAUAAAGAAGAAUGAAUAAGGCCAAUGACUAAAAACACCUCUAACUUGCAUUAUUCUGCUUCCAAUUGAAUGUCUCCUUUUUUUACAAAAAUAUAUAUUGAUUUUUUAACGGUAACUUUUUUAUUUUUUAUCUUAGAAAGUUUGAUAAAAAAGAAUUUUGUAGGUUUUUACAAGAUCUACAAGACUGUUGACAUUAAAUUUCAUGAAAAUCCUCAGUCGCAAAAAGAGGUGACUUUGAAAGGGUUGGUAAAGGUGGUUUUUACAUGUUAUGACAAGUUUUAAUUAUCAAUAGCUCACUCAAUUUUUGCUGUAGAAAAAAUUUAUGCAAACUAUUUUCUUGGGAAUUAAAUAAGCUACAAUUUCAUAUUGAACAUUUUUUCGUAUCUCUCAUGCUAAUCUUUCUAUUCUGAAGAAAAGGCCAUUUUUUUCCAAACUACAAAAAUUCGUUAUUCGUUUUUAACUCCAUUUUUUUUAAACUAAUUAUUCUAAGCCGGUCAAACUUCUCAAACCUAUUAAUAAUAUACAAAUAAAGAAGACCAAAUAAGGCCAAUUGCUAAUUUUAAUUAGGGUGGUAAUUAGGUGGUUGCUUCCGAUAACUUUUUCGCUGAAAAAAUAGGGACUGACAUUCUUUUCAUUACAAGUCACUUAAUUUUUGAGCUAGAGACUUUUUUUGUUAUUUCUGGAGAUAGAUAUUUCCAAUUACUUUAAAUUAGUUUGAACAAGUUAUCCUCGAAAAAUGCAUAGUUUCCCCGUCUUUUGACUUUGAAACUACAAUAUUUAGCAUUUGACGAAGAAGAGCUAACAUAUAAUAAAGUAUAGCUCGAUUACUAUUGGUCUUAAAGAAAAUUAAAAAAAAGGUUUUGUUUAUUUUUUCAAAAGGUACAUUUUUGUUAAUUAAAAUUGUUUUGAUAAAACGAAAACUUUUGGAGUUAUUAGCAGAAAACUUGUUAAAAACAUUGAUUUUUUCGAUAUAAAACUGUGAUAAAACUAACACUUUCGCUAGCGAAUAAAUCGAAAACUAUUAAUUUUAUCAAAAAAAUGUAUAAAACGUUUUUUCCUUAGAAUGAACGUUUUUACCAACCUUUAUGGUCAAAAUAUAAUAAAACAUUUCCACCCCCCGGGAUGGGGUGGCAACCACCCCUAUUGUAAAAGUACCGCCUUUCGGUAUCAUAUAGAUUUUGAUCCUUGGACUAUUUACUACUUAUUCUCAAUUUUUUAAGCAAAUCAAUCCAUUCUGUAAAAAUUGCGAGGUUUUGUCCUAUUUUAAGCUUCAUUACUUUGACUACAAAGGUUUUUCGGUUUUUUAUUUAUUACCUGUUUCACAGUAAAAUUUUUCACGGCAUUAGUAGGCACUAAUAUUUAUGUUUAAUAAAAAAAUAUUAAAUAUAUUCUAAAUAAACAACUCUUCUACGAUUUUAUCUGGCAGUGUCGCAAAACCAGUGAUUUCGUGUACAAUGCAUUUUAAAUGGAUGUUUACUCUUUGCACCAACGCAUUCUACUGAAGUCCUCUCUCCUUGAUUUGCUACCUAAGUGACCUUCGGGAUUUCAGAUAUUUCUGUACAAUUGUACUAACAUAAUUUUCGGUAAUUUUGCUGCUUAUUAAGUGGGCGUGACAAUUGUAGAAUUUUCAAAGUCGUUCCUAGUUUUUUAGAAGCUUGUUGAAAAUGACUGAAAAAUAAUCAGAAAAUGGUUUUAUUUCGGUUUCUGUAUUUAAACAACUGAAAUGUGUAUGAAAAACGUCCCAAAAUUGAGGUUAGGUGACUUAAGAUUUAGCGGUAGGUUGAAACGGUUAUGUAAAAUUAUUAUUUAGAUUUUAGGACAAAUUUUGAAUGUUUUUAAUGCUAACAUCUUGGUUGCUCAUUACUUAACCAAUGAUGUUUCUGUUUUAACAACCACAUGAAAUAAAACGUUUCUUUUUUUACUUUGAGUACAUCUGAUGUGGAUUUUUAAGAAUAAUUUUUUAUGGAAUUAUAAAAAAAUUUUCACAAUAUUCAAAUUUUUAUUUAUUGAUUUGAUAUGAUGCGAUCAAACUGAAUAAAUAUUAUUACCUAGUCUCCCAGUUGUUCCAUCAGUAAUCAAUUUCGCCUUACAAUUAUUGCCACUAUUUGGUUCUAUUCUGUUCUAAGAACCUUUUACAUGUGUCAACUCCUAUACAACCUUUAAUAUUGACCAUCAUUAUGAGAAAUGGUGGUACUAUAUCUCAAAAAAGAUAUUUCAUACCUAUGUUAAAUGAAGACAAUUAGGCAUUCCAAUGAAACGUCAAACAUGGCCGGGUGUGGGCAAAAUCUAACCUUACAUCGACAUUAAUUUGUAAAGAAAAUCCUGUUUGGUUGUUUUUUUAUGUUAAUUGUGUAGGGAAAUCUGCGAAAUUAUUGUGAUAACAAAUUAAAUAUGAAGUGGUUUAUCGCCUACAGAACUGAAUUAUCCCAUAUUAGUUACCAGUUUGUGUUAAUAACUACUAUGGGAUAAUUCAGUUAUGUAGGCGAUAAACUAGUUUAUAUUUAUUUGCUAUCACAAUUUCGGUGCACAAUUAACAAUAAACAACAAAACCAAACAGGAUAUUCUUUACAAAAACUGAUGUAAACCCUAUAUUAUUAAAUUUUUGCCCACUGCCGGCCAUAUAUAUUAUACCACGUGAUUUGGAAUGGUCAAUGGUUAGGCCGCUUACAGACGAACCACUUUUUGAAGUCAAAGUCGGCAGCAAAAGUCAAGCGUUUGUAGUUGUAUGUCGCUACUUGAAGUCGUCAUUUGACACCAAUGCAAAACGCAUGGGGGUUUUCUCGACUGCACUUCAACUUCUGUCGUCGGUUGUCGCCCCUCCCGUCAGCUGACUUCUCAAUAAUUGUAGCGAUUCUCUUUUCUCACGAAACCACUUUGAAACGCCGGUAGCAGUGACAAAAAGUACAAGCGUGUUUGUUGAUUUUGAAAGCAGUGUUAACAAAAAUGGAGCCGUUCGACACCAUAGAUAACCACACCAUAUAAUACUCUAGAUUGCGCCCUGCCAUCUUAAAAUGGGUGACGGUUGAGACAGAGAAAAAUGAGCCUAUUAGGUCGGUAGUCUCUUUCUAAUUCAAGGGGAGUAUCGACGACGUCACUAUCCUACUCUAUCGAGUAUUAUUUAAAUGUUUUGACAGUUCGAGCGGGUGGCGACGGGAACUGGUCUUUGGUCUUUGGACACGGAUAAUCGGGGUUCGAAUCCCGUACCAAUCUUUACUUUUUUUAUUUUUAAUUUAAUCAAUAUUGCGUUUAUUAGAUAUUAUUACAUCUCUAAAGUAAAUCUAUGCAAAGAAAUAUAUAACAAAUAAGAAAAACUGUGUAGGUACCUAUAGAUUUUAAAAAAUAUAAAAGCCAAUGUUAUUUUUUUAAUAAGUUAAUGGUAGAAUAGUAUAAAGUAAUUGUUAAAUAUUCGUUCAAAUUACCAAUAAUUAAUAUCAACAUAAUGUACUAUCGAUUUAUUAAUUAAAUCGGUCAUUUCAAAAACAUCACCAGUCACAUAUUCCUAAUUUUACAGAAGAGCAAAGAAAACUAACUAUAUAGUUGAAAGAUGGAUGAAAUGGAUGACAUCAAAAUUCAGAGUUAUAUUGUAGUUUUGUUCCUAAUGUUGGACUGGUAUAGUUUUUGCACACAACGUUUAUCUUAAAGGAGUCUAUUCCUCUCAAAAAGUUAGUUUCUGAAAAUUGUGGACUUAUUUUUAUUUAAUAAUUAGACAUUUUUAUUAGUAAUUGACAUUAUUUUUAUUUAUGAAACUAUAUUGUUACAAUUUUUUGAAAAGGUAGAAGCAAAACAAACAUUAUUCACAUCAUUCGAAUAAGGCCGAAUUUAUAUUAAUAACGAACGUCUUUUAUUUUACUAUGCAGUUCACAAAUUAUGUAUUCCAAUAUUAACUUACUAUACAUACAUUUAUUAUCUGCUAGCUUUACUUAGGUCCAUUUUUCUUAUGUAAAAAUAUCUAAUAAACGCAAUAUUGAUUAAAUUAAAAAAAUAAUAAAAAAAAAGAAAAAAAAAAUUGAAACAAACAAAAAAAAAAAAAAAAAAAAAAGGUGGUACAGUAGCGAUCAACAGGUGCCGUUUUCGCUACCUGUGAGAUAGUCACGUCGUCGAUAUUCCCCUUAAAUUAAAAAGAGACUACCGACCAAAUAGGCUCAUUUAUCUCUGUCGCAACCGUCACCCAUUUUAAGAUGACAGGGCGUAAUCUAGAGUAUUAUAUAUCUAUGGUUACAACCUAUGUUCGACACAGACACUUUCAUUGCUGUAGUUCAGGUUAAACCUACGAUUUGGGAUUAUAAAAAUGAUUCAUAUAGCAACAGAAAUGCAAAGGCAAGAGCUUGCCUGUCCAAACUUUGAACGGUCUUUGACAAUGGGAUGCACCCAAAAUUUAGGUCGUUUUAUUCUUUGUCUGCGCUUUCGACGGAGCAACAAAAGCAGUGUUUCUUCGUUCGAAUUCAUAAUUAAUCUGCUUGUACAGACCACAUUUUGUCGCCGCUGUUAGCUACAAAAAGAAGUCGAUCAGAACGACAGCAAACGCCGAUACUAGCGACAAGCUAGCUUCUUCUUGCUACCGACUUCGACUUCAAAAAGUGGUUCGUCUGUAAGCAGCCUUAGUUUUAUUUAUUUUUACCAGUUCAUCUACAUUCGAUGGUAUUGCAAUCCAGAGGGUUGAAAGCAGUGUUCAACAAAUGAGAGAUGCAUCGAAAUCAAACGGAACAUUGCACUAAAAUCAAUCAGAUUGGCUUGAUGCAUUUAUUUUUUUUAAUAGUUUUGAUGUACAAGUUUAUUUGGAAACCAACGUGCAGAAGUACUUAUAAACUCAUUAUGUUUCCCACUUUAAUUAUUAUUUUUUCGGUACGUGUUGUCACAUCUGUAACAUUCUACUGACUUCUACUGACUUGCCGUUUUUUAUACCAUCUUUUUAUUUCAUCUCCAUAAUAUAUGCAAUUUGUUUUUAUUUUUUUCUUGAAGUGGUCUAAGGUGGUAUCAUACUUUUUGUUACCUUCAUUUUAGGUCUUUGUAUAGUUGUUUCCCAUUUAGAAAUUUGUCCUACCUGUACAUCCUUUUUAAUUUUAAAGUGUGUCCUUAUUAUCUGUUUUCCUAUGAUUUGUUUAUUUGAAAUAUGCCUCUUUAUACGAAGCUUCGAUAUAUUCGAUAUUCAAAACUUUGUCUUGUUUUCUGAAAUGCUCUGUUUUUAACCUUCUUUCUUUUUAUUUGAAUUUUAGAAAUUAUUGAAACCCCUUUUGAGCGUAAUGAGGAUAAAAAUAGGACGAAUGUUUUGUUGGACUGUUUUGACAAUUUUUUAUUUAUUUGUUUUUAUAAUAGUGAAUCUUGUUUAUACUGAAAUAUAUUUCUAAUGUAAAAUAAAUACUGAUUGAUUGUUUUUCGAGAAAAAUGGGGUAGAAAAUGUUACAAAUUAUACACAAAUAAAAUGUUUUAAAUGAAUUACCCUGUAUUUCCAUAAUUGUUAGUUAAUUUAUUAAUAGAUAAUCAGUCAGUAUUUCUGUGACUUUUUAGCGAAUUUGUAUUUUCUCAUUAAAAUAAAUUAUUUUAUUUUGUCA